AUGGAUGUUCCUGUCGCUGCUAAUAUCCUCGGAACUUUAGGAGCUGUGUGCUGGUCAAUCCAACUAAUUCCUCAAAUCAUUGUUAAUUAUCGCCGCCAUAAUGCCACCGGCUUACAGCCAUCGAUGAUGAUGCUAUGGGCAUGGGCGGGUGUACCAUUAGGUGUCUACAACAUCGUCAAAGAGUUCAAUGUUGCGUUGCGGAUUCAGCCUCAGAUUCUGACGCUUUUGAGUCUUGUUACGUGGAUUCAGUGUUAUUACUAUGAAAGAAAAUGGAGUGUUUCACGCUCUCUUCUCCUCGUCGUUCCCGUCGCAAUCGUCAUGGGCGGCAUCCAAGCUUCUCUCAUCAUAGCCCUUCGCAUCGCGAAAUCCAAAGAUUUAGAAUGGCCCUUGAUUCUUAUGGCUUCACUUUCAGCAGCUCUUCUCGCAGCAGGCGUGCUGACACACUACUGGGAUAUCUGGACCCAUCGAACCGUCCGCGGAAUCUCUUUUCUCUUUGUCGCCAUUGACGCAGCUGGUGAUGUAUUCUCUCUUGCAUCCGUCUUUUUCCAGCCUGAGAUUGAUAUUCUGGGUAUUGUCAUUUAUGCGACCGAGUUUGUACUCUGGUGCGGCGUCUUUGCGUGUGGUGGGUAUUAUAACCUGUUGCCGUGGGUUAGGAAGAGGUUUGGAGGUGAUGUUACGGGUGUCGAGUGUGAAGGAGAUACGAGGGAGGAGCGUGAAGGGAAUGAAAUCAUGAUGGGUGACAACGUAUCGUCAAGUUCGGUGUUUCGGACUGCGUCAAGAGACGAGGGUAUAAGGGCGAGGAAUACAAGGGGGCGUGAUACUCUGGAUGUUGAGUGA